UCAGAAGCAUCCACAGGACCGCUCUAUAAUCUCUCUCCUAAGCCUCUUUUUACUCCCUGCUAUAUAUUUCUUCUGUGAGUCAUAGCGCUGUCCUCGCACCGAUAAAGGGGGCUGAGGUCUGAAGCCUUCUUCCGGUGCCCAAAGCUGGGCGCUCUCUAAUUUCUCUUUGCUCUCCACCAGCAUGUCUGGCUUAUACGGCCACGGCUUCUCCCCUGCCAGAGUUGUCUCCCCACAGAUAAGAAGCACAACGGACGUCGACAGGUAUAGCAGCAGAUUUCUCCCAUUUCUUGUCCAAAUAUUUGGGCUUUGUGAUGAUUUAGACUCUUCUUAUCGCUGUAACAGUCACUACCUAGCGGAGCUGUUAGCAGAACAUCAAAAGCUGGGACCUUUCAUGCAGGUUCUUCCUAUAUGUAGCCGCUUAGUGAAUCAAGAGAUAAUGCGAGUCUCAGGUACGCUUCAUGUUCAAGGUUUUGAUGACAAUAACCAGCUGCGGCAUAGAAGUCCCAGUCCCAUGGCUAUUUCUACCCUUAUUUCUAAUGCCAGGGUGCCUGGUUAUGGUGGCUGGGUUGGAUCUCCACAGGAGAGAAUAGGUUUUCCUCAAGAAGUUGCCGUGGAUUGGCGAGUACCAACUACAUCUCCAAGUUCCUCCACCUUAAAGAAAAUUUUGCGUUUAGAAAUUCCAGUCGAUGCUUAUCCUAGUUUCAAUUUUGUUGGGCGUCUUCUCGGGCCAAGGGGAAAUUCCCUGAAAAGAAUUGAAGCGUCAACAGGAUGCCGCAUUUAUAUAAGAGGAAGUGGCUCAAUAAAAGAUCCUGUUCAGGAGAAUAAAUUGAGAGGAAGAUCAGGUUAUGAACACUUGAAUGAUCCAUUGCAUAUCUUGAUUGAGGCUGAGUUGCCUGCGAAUGUCAUUGAUAGAAGAUUGAGAGAUGCACAGGAAAUUAUAGAAGAGUUACUAAAACCAGUUGACGAGUCACAGGAUUUCUACAAAAGACAGCAGCUCCGAGAAUUAGCAAUGCUAAAUUCUAGUCUAAGAGAGGUCAGCCCUCGUCCAAAUGGCAGUGUUUCUCCUUUCAACAACGGGAUGAAACGAGCAAAAAUGGGACAGUAGAAUUAUAUGAUGUUUCCCAGGGGUUAUUUUCAUCAAACGCUAGCUCUGUUGGUAUCUCAUCAAAUCCCUUCUAAAGAUUAGCUUCUGAAAUGGAGUUGUACUGUGACGUGCAUGCUUAUGUUGAUCUAGCCACAGUUCUCUUUCAAAAGAGAGAAGGUUUUGCCGAAGCACUUAUGGUGUUGCUGUCCAUGUUCAGUAAAGCUGAGUUAAAUGUGAUGUAAACCAGGAACAUUCAUUUUAUUCAUUUUCGCUUGUCGACUUUGAUCGACUGAUACUGUGCCUCUUGACUGAUGAACAAAUGAACAAUGCUCUGAGGUUGAAUGCUUUCA